AGGAACGUCAAAUUCCCGUAGUGUCUACGCAGCCAAACACAGAUCUAUGAACAUAGUCUCAAAAUGAGCUUGCGCCCACCACGAGCAAGCCCAUGAUCUACAACUCAGUGAUAUGCGCAAUAUUCAGUGUAAUAGCGGUCUUCGAACAAAGUGGUUCGUUUUCACGUCGCCACGCUUCUUCUGGACUUCCAUGACUUUAAACUAUUUUUGUGUCAGUCUUGGAAGGGCGUGUAGUUGUCUAGCUCAGUCCAGUAGCGAGCUAGUAAAGGGAGUGCCCUGAAGAAGAUAGGCCAAGUUCAGGUAUGGGUGGUGUCAUGGAGGAGGAGGUGGUGCGGGGGUGCCUGAGGAGGUUCCUAGAGGAUUUCCCUGCUCCGCUGGGUCCUGAAGACCCCCUGCCUCUCAACCCCCUCAGCAGGAAGGUCACCCUGGACGAACUAAGAGGAGAGAGCCUGGAUCUGGGCUUACGCCUACUCAACACCAGAGACGCUCCUUCAACACUGAAUGCAGCCAUGUGCCACGCAGCCUUGGCUGAGCUGCUGAAGGCUGACCUUUCACCUUUCCACCUCCCCCAGGAAACCGAACAGCAGCAAGGAGAGGAACAGGAAGUUGUUUUGCUCCAAUCGGAGCCCGUCCAGCGGCUGUUUCUCAAUAAGCUUCGAGAGGUGGGUGUGGCUUGGCAUCAGAAUCCCCCCUCCCCUCUCCCAAUAGGACCCUCCCGUUUCCUCAUGUGCUCCGCCCACGCCAUCAGGAACACUCGAAGGAAGAUGGAGGAUCGCCAUGUGACCCUCCCUGACUUCAACACACUCACUGGCCUCAAGGACGGUGUGGAGCGUGGUUACUAUGCUGUGUUUGACGGGCAUGGCGGCAUGGACGCUGCUAUCUAUGCCGCCACCCACCUGCACGUCACUCUCAGCCAGCAGGAGGAGCUGCAGAGCGACCCGGCCACUGCCUUCAAGACAGCCUUCACUCGCACUGAUGACAUGUUGAGAGGGAAAGCCAAGAGAGAGCGUCUUCGCAGCGGCAGUACGGGCGUGGCGGUGCUGCUGCAAGGGGAGUGGCUUCAUGUGGCGUGGCUGGGAGACUCCCAGAGCAUGCUGGUCCGACGAGGACAAGACAUCACUCUGAUGGACCCACACAAGCCUGACAGAGAGGAUGAGAAGCAGCGUGUAGAAGGCCUGGGUGGAUGCAUCGUCUUCAUGGGCUGUUGGCGUGUCAAUGGAACCUACGCCGUCUCUAGGGCCAUAGGGGACUUUGACCAGAAGCCGUAUGUCUCUGGCGACGCUGACUGUUCCUCCACACGGCUACACGGAGACGAGGACUACAUCCUCCUGGCCUGCGACGGUUUCUUCGACGUCGUCCGGCCCGCAGAGGUCCCGGCUCUGGUUCUCGGGGCGCUACGGGAGCAGGGGGAACCCCAGGGGGCCGUGGAGGGGGCCGGGUGUGAAGAGAUCUCAGAGGGUGUCCUAGGGGAGCGAGUGGCCCAGGAGCUAGUAGCUCACGCCAAGGCAGCGGGCUCUAGUGAUAACAUCACUGUCAUGGUGGUGUUUCUAUGUCCUCCUGCACAGCUACUGCUCCAGGACCAGAGCAACAUCGCUGUUGCUACUGAGGGGCCAGCCCAGGAGUAGGGUAAAGUUGUCCCUAGGCACUGAUCUGGAGUAAGUUUUGUAUUAAUGGUUUGUAUUAAUGGUUAAGGUUAGAAUUCGGGGGGGGGGGGGGGGGGGCUCAUCUGUACCUAGGGGAAACUUCACCCCGGAGUGCCAGCCCAGGCCUUCAACUCCCAGAACACACAGGGGCAGUGAGACAGGAAGAAUGCUGCUGUUACCCACAGUGCACGUGGGCAGGAAUUGGACUGGAUUUAAAAGGCAGUAUUUAUUAUGUAAUGACUUGACAGUGCCAAACUUCUCGGUCACUGCGUGUUGUGGUCAGCCUUUUGAAUCAACGCUGGUGCUGAAACAGAUAUUCAACUGGACUGGAGAAGCUCUGUUCAUAACAAAACAAGUCUUAGCACAGACUAAUAGUUUCUACUAUGGUUCUGCCAAUGGUCAGAAUCCAGUGUGCUUCAAUAAGGUCCCUCUGGAUUCGCCAGGAGAUGUAAUGCAGAGCUGCCCAACCCUCUUCCUGGAGAUCUACUGUCAUCUAGGUUCAGUCCAACCCUCUUCCUGGAGAUCUACUGUAAUCUAGGUUUUCAGUCCAACCCUCUUCCUGGAGAUCUACUGUCCUGUAGGUUUUCAGUCCAACCCUCUUCCUGGAGAUCUACUGUCCUGUAGGUUUUCAGUCCAACCCUAAUUUAGCGGUUCUGAUUCAUUCAGCUAGUUAACAUCUUUGUUGAGCAGCUAAUUAAUAUAAUCAGGUGUGUUAAAUUAGGGUUGGACUGACAACCCACAGGGACUGUAGAUCUCCAGGAAGAGGGUUGGACUGACAACCCACAGGGACUGUAGAUCUCCAGGAAGAGGGUUGGACUGACAACCUACAGGGGCAGUAGAUCUCCAGGAAGAGGGUUGGACUGACAACCUACAGGGACAGUAGAUCUCCAGGAAGAGGGUUGGACUGAAAACCUACAGGGACUGUAGAUCUACAGGAAGAGGGUUGGACUGACAACCUACAGGGACAGUAGAUCUCCAGGAAGAGGGUUGGACUGACAACCUACAGGGACUGUAGAUCUCCAGGAAGAGGGUUGGACUGACAACCUACAGGACAGUAGAUCUCCAGGAAGAGGGUUGGACUGACAACCCACAGGGACAGUAGAUCUCCAGGAAGAGGGUUGGACAGCCCUCAUAUAAGGGAUGUAGAACUCUGUUGGUGUCUCUAACAUACUCCCUCCAUUUCUCUUAGCGUCACCAAUUCUUUGGUAUCUCUGUUACAAGCUAAGGGAUAGAAUGCUGUCAUCCAUGCCUCAGGUUUUAUUUCAGAAGGGUGUGAUAGAAUUAUUCAGUUUCCUAACAUAUUGGAUUAAAAGGGCUGAGAGGAUUCAUCCUCUUGGAUUGUUCUAAAACAAGAGGUAAACUAGAUGGGUCAUUUAUGUCAAUACCUCAAACCACUUUUACCCCUGUUGAUAAUGAUGCGUGAUAUGUGCCAUUUUGUGUGUGUGUGUGUGUGUGUGUGUGUGUGUGUGUGGGCACGUGAACUGUAUGCCAAGGUGUGUGUGCACUGUACUGUUCACACGUGUAAUGUGUAUUUCUGUCAUUUUAUUUUCUGCCUUUUAAACCUGAUGUCAAAACACUGUGUCCAGCAAGAACACAAGCAGUGUAACCUUUCCCACCUAUAUCAGUAUUACGGACCAAUCAGCCUUCUGUCCAUGGAUAUUAAAUAUAUCCUGUCCUCACUUCUUCAAGGCAUUAUCAGUGUUAAAAAUGUCUGGAUCGGGAUUUGGUUUUGAGGGUGAAAUCCAAGAUGGCAGCACUUCAGUUUUUUUGAGUCAGUGAGAGCCUACCGUGAGGGUUCGAGAAAGAGAGUUGGUUAAACCUCUUUAAGAACUUUUGUGCCAAAUGCAAUUAGUCUUUGCAGCUCUUUUUGUUUCUUGUUCUGUGAAACAGCACAAGAUGUGUGAAUUAGCAGUGUAGUCAUUCAUUAUCAGUGUUCCUGUGUGGUUUGUUUUUGGAGGAGUGUCUCUCUGUAGAUGCGGUGGUUGUCAUGGUUGUAACAGUUCUCUAUUUGUAGUGCCUUCACUAGGUAUCUCUACUCACUUACAGGGCGAACACUAGCUGAUUCUUUUAAUCAGGACAAAGAGAGUAGAGGGGCUUUCUACCUUUUUUGAUGUCUCCAAACUAACUCCUCACUCACAAACAGAUUUUGAAAUGAAUUUAAAAGCAAAAAAAAAGAAGUGUUUUAUUGGAGUAGAGCUAUGUGUAUCUAACCAACCUUUGGCUGUUUAACGUGUACACACACACACACACACACACACACACACACACACAGUUCUGUAAUUCUCUGGACUUAGUUAGACAGUAUUUCCACUUCCUGUUUACUACCACAGCUUUAUAAUCUUUAACAUACUCAUACCUAUAACCACUUGAUGUCAUUUAAACCUUUUUAAAAACUAUUUUGAGUGUUUUGACCACUUUAGGCCUACUGUCGUCGUCCUUGUUGAACCGUGUAUUAAAACAACAUUUCCUAAAUCAA